AUGAUCCCCAGUGGCCAGAGUUUCGUGGGAGCAAAUGGCUCAAACUGCAGGCCCCGCCAGCUUCCCCGCGUGGGGACCGCAGGCCCUCCGGCUCUGGCCCGCUGGACGGCGGAGCGGCAGAGUGAACGUCAGUCCGAGGUCUGCAGCACCGACCCAGGGGUGGCCCCCGCGGGCCGCACUUCGUUCCCUUCCGUCUACCAUGGCCAGUGCCUGAGCGUCCAACCUGGGGAGCAAAUCCAGAACCGACCGGCCGAGCCGCGGCCCCCAGAGGAAACGCGCCGCCCCUUAGGAGGCCGCAGCCUGGAAACGUCUCCGCGACGCCGAGGGAAGACAGUGCGGAUUCGUGCACGACGGCUGAGCCCCAAACUCUCUGAUCUGCAAAUACCCACGCGUGAGCCCAAGUUCUUCCUCAAAGCCAGUCGCCCUCGCCUGCGGCCAGGACGGCGGGGGCAGCCGCGCGCCCCGAACCCUGCCCGGGUCGGAGCAGACACGCCCAGCGGGAGCUCGCACCGCCGUCCGGCCUCGAAACCCCCACAGGCCGCCCCGGCUCUUGCGGACGCGCCCCGAGCACGGCCGGGCCCCGCGCUGUGGGCCGGGCACCGCGGGCCGUCCGUGGGGCGUGGGGACCCCGGGGGGCGCUCGGGCGGGACGCGCGGACGCGAGCGACGAGCACCAGCAGGGAGCCUGAGUCUCACGCGGGAGCGACACUCCUCCGAGGCGGAGAAAACCGCGCGCCGAGUCUCCCUCCGCCACCCGGAGCGACUCGCUCCCACGGACGAGCGGCCCCGGCAGCCCCCCCGCGCGGAGAAGCCGAAAAGUCCGCGUCCUGCCCGCGUGCGGCCGGAGAGACGGCGCGGCUGUGCGGGGCGGGGGGGCGGCGUGCGGGGCGAGGCGAGCUCGUGCCGCCCCCGGUCCCUCCCCGGCCCCUCCCGGGCCCUCCCCGGUCCCCCGUCGCCCGAGCCGGCCCGACUCGGCGAACGGUCAAGUGAGCCGCGGCGGCAGGAGCCCCGGAGGCCGAACCUGGGGUCGCUCCCGACCGAGUCCAUCGGGCAACAAAGGGCCGGGCCGUGCGCGGGGGGCGGCGCGUGGGGACACCUGUCACCGCGCGGGACGGGGCCGCGGCCGGCGGGCGGCGCAGGGGCUCGGCGGACAGACUGCGGCGGCGGGGACCGAGGCGCGGGGGACAGGCGGGGGCAGCUCCGGGCGCGGCCGGACACGCGCGUCUCCCCAGCGGGGGCUCGGCCGGGCAGACCCGCGCCCGGGGCGCUGCGGGACUGGGGCAGGGCGGAGCGGGGCCCCCGCGGCCGGGAGGACCCCGGCGCCCCAGUCCCGCAGCAGCGCCCGCCGCCCCCGGUCUCCGCCUCCAAGCUGGGCGCGGAGCCGGCCCCCGCCCCCGGAUGCCCCGCGUCCCCCGCUGCCUCGCGCCCCCGCUGCCCCGCGCCCCCCGCUGCCCCGCGGCCCGGCGGAGGAGGGGGCGCCGCGCCUACCUGGUCGGGAGCGGCGGGGCCGCGGUCGCCUGGCGGGGCCGUGACCUGCGGCGGAGGCAGCGGCGGCGGCGAGGCGGGCGCUUCCUUCAGGAAGGGGUGGGACCUGCGCGCCCGCCCGCCCCCGCCGCCGCUGCCCGCACCCCGCUCCUCCCGGGGUCUCCGCCGCGAGGCCGCCCCCGAGAGCCGAGCCCCCGCCCCCCCCCGAGCCUCCGGCCGCCGUCCCCCCCCACCCCCGGGCCCCGAGUUCUUACCGGGCGCUGCGCCGCGCGGCACCGCCGAAGCGCCGCGUUCCCGAGCCCGCGUGGACGCGCCCGCCGCCGCCCGGGGACGGGCAGGACGGAACCGGCCGGGGCGGCUCCCCCCGCGGCAGGAGCGCGUCCCGCCCGCUUCCGACCCCGCUCGGCCGCGUCAGGGUGCGGGGAGACCGCAGUCCCGCGUCCUAGUCGCCCCCGCGCCCGACCUCGGCCGACCGGGCGCCGCGCCGGGGACCUCGGGCAGCCGCGAGCGACGCGCCAUUGCUCCCCCGCCCGCGCGGGCUCCGGUUCCUCGCGGCCCCGCGGGAGGACCCCCGCCCCCACCCCAGGACGGCCGCGGGCCGGGGGCGCCGGGCCACGCCCAUCUCCUUUGGUCCGUGGCGGCUCAGGGCGCAGGGUUCAACCCCCGGCCCGACCCUCUGCGCCCCUCCCCCACCGGCCCUGCUCACCCGGCGCGCGCCGAUGUGCUGCUGCGUCCUCGGGGCCACCAGCCCGCCGCCUCUCGACGCCAGGGACCCUCCCCGAGCAGUGUGGGUGCGGCCCACCUGCUCGCAACGAAACUCCUGCUCGUCUGGACUCCCCUGAGGGUGUGCGCUGGGUCAGCCCGCGCGUGUCUGCGGAGACGGUCCCUCAUCACACUCUCCACGGGAUCCGUGAGUCCCUCCAAGUCCCAUCCGUGA